GUGACGUUGCUGGUGGGUUUCUCAUCCCGUCUGGCAUACGACAGCGAGUACUGUCGCGGGCUACCGAAUGUCCAUAGAGCAGUGUGCCAUUCAGCCAACCACCGUCAAGAGAGGGCAACGGGCAACUUGGGCUGGCUGAUAACGGGUGACGACAACCACGCAUACUACCCAAAAAGAUUCGUUCCAACACACACUGGAUAGGGUAGAUUCCUAUGCGAACAAGAGAUUCGAACAAGUGUCCUCUCGAAGCAGGAAAAAAGCAGUACACCACCAAGACCAGCAGUUCAGCAGGUUUCGUUGGUUAUCUUUCGAUGCCUCGAUCGAUCGACGGAACGCAGUGUACGUGUUCCAGAACGUAGGACAGCUGGUUCAGUGCGGAACGUUGGUCCACGGUGAUAGAUAAUACCGAAGACACUUGCAUCGUGGGGUUUUCGUCUCGAAAAACAACGCCUACACCACAAAAUGGAUGUCGUCUACACUUCGGACAGCUGCGAUAGCGACUCGCGCGAACAGAAAACGGUCGAUCUGGGCCAUUCGAACAAGCGACAUCUCGACGACGAUCUGUUGCGCGUUUCGAAGUCGAAGAAGCUGGCCGAAGAUAUCGAAACGGUGCUGCUCAAUCACAACAAGCUGAUAAGGGUGCCGCUGUCGCUUGGCGACUUUACCAAUUUGAAGGUGCUGGAUCUGAGCAAUAACCGUCUGGAAGAGCUGCCCGAGGUGAUCACGCAAUGCCAGCUGACGACGCUGAUCGUGAAGAACAAUUUGCUGACGGAUAAGUCGCUGCCAAAAUCGUUGCUAGCAGCUGCCGGGAGCGGUCUCAAGGAACUUAAUUUGAGUGGCAACCGUUUCGCACACUUUCCCGAACAAGUGAUUGAGCUGCGGUCGCUGAAAUAUCUUUAUUUAGGGGGCAACCAGAUCACCAACGUUUCAAAGGACAUAUGGAAGCUGCAAAACCUGCAGCUGCUUUCACUCGGUGGAAACCUGAUUUCCGAGAUCCCGGAGACUGUCGGACUGCUCAAUCAUUUGCACGCCCUCGUCCUGUGUGAUAAUCUGUUAGAGAUGCUCCCUGCGUCCAUAGCACGGCUGGUCAAUCUAAAGUCGCUACUAUUGCACAAAAAUCGUUUAAGACAUCUUCCACGGGAGAUUAUAACGUUGCGAAACUUAACUGAGCUAAGUCUGCGCGAUAACCCAUUAGUCGUGCGCUUCGUAAAGGAUAUGACAUUGAAUCCGCCAAGUUUGCUGGAGCUCGCUGGACGUACUGUGAAAACCUGUGCCAUUCGGUAUGGAGCGGAAGAUUUACCGCGUACCCUGAUUGAGUAUCUUCAUACAGCGAACUGCUGCGUCAACCCAAAUUGCAAAGGAGUAUUUUUCGACAACCGGGUAGAACAUAUCAAGUUCGUCGAUUUCUGUGGCAAAUACCGUAUUCCUUUGUUGCAGUAUUUAUGCUCCUCAAAAUGCGUUGCGGAUACAAGCUCAUCGGAUCCGGGCAGCGAGCCGAGCAGUAGCAUGAUGCGUAAAGUUUUACUCGGUUAGCUGGAGAUUAUGUUUCAAUGUCGAUGGUACAAAUUGUUAGAGCUUAUCGCCAAAUAACGCCAUACACGGGUGGACAAUCAUAGUACGGCUACCUAUAUGCUGCGGCUGUGUUUUACAACCCUGCAAAAAAAAUCUGUCGAUUGUUGUUCAAUACUAUAGUGCUGUUGCAGUUACAACUUGAUUCAACGUUUGAAAAAGAUUAGCAAAGAAUAUUAUACUGUUUGCUGCUGAAUAUCCACUUUGUGGUGAGAUCGAUAUCGAAUUUAAAAGAGAAAUGAUACAGAUUGUUGUGGCAACCAGUUGUAAAUGAACCACAAAAGCAGCACACUUAACAUCAUUCUCUUAUCGAAAAACAGAUGUCCGCGACACCUCUUGGAAAGAUAAUGUGAUUUGCUCCAAGAGCAGCUAAACGGAAUGCACUAUUAUUUACAAUAUAACGCAUACAAAAAAGAUCCAUUUUAAAAGAAAGAUAAACUACUGAUGGUU